AUGUUUUCAAAAAUAUAUAAAAACCAACUUUUAAGAGCCACGAAACUUUGUAAUGCCAAAUCUAAUUAUAUAAAUUACCCUAUAAGUAAAACACUUUUACAAUCUUGUCAAAAAAUAAAAACAAAUUCUUUUCAACAAAACAGGUUUUAUUCAAGAGAUCCAGAUAAGAAUGAAAAAGAAACAAUUAUCAGAUUAUUGUAUAAUAUUGGUUCCCGAAAAGAAGUUGAACAAUACCUUCGUCAUUUUUCCUCUGUAGAAUCACAAAAGUUUGCAGUCAUCAAAGUUGGCGGAGCAGUUCUAACUGAUGAAUUGGAUACUCUUGCAUCCUCACUCAGUUUCCUUAACCGUGUUGGCCUAUAUCCUAUUGUAUUACAUGGAGCAGGUCCACAAAUGAACAAAAUGUUAGAAGAAGCAGGUGUAGAACCAAAUUACAUUGAUGGAAUACGUGUAACUGAUGCUAAAACACUAGAAAUUGCCAGAAACAUAUUUUUAGGCGAAAACCUUAAACUUGUAGAAGCAUUGGAACGUCAGGGAACUCGUGCAAGACCAAUUCCUAGUGGUGUUUUCAUUGCUGAUUACUUGGAUAAAGAUAAAUAUGGUUAUGUAGGAAAAAUUACUGGUGUACAAAAAAGAGUUGUUGAAGCUAGUGUAAAAGCCGGUGUAUUGCCAAUCUUGACUAGUUUGGCCGAAACUCCUUCCGGUCAAAUAUUAAAUGUUAAUGCUGAUGUGGCCGCUGGUGAAUUGGCUAGAGUAUUGGAACCGCUCAAAAUAAUUUACCUAAGUGAAAAACGUGGUUUAUUACAUGGCGAAACAAAUAAAAAAAUAGAUAUUAUAAAUCUUGAUGAGAUCAAAGAGAUCAAAGAACUUCUUGAUCACCUUCCACAUUCUUCCUCAGUUGCAAUCACAUCUGCCAGUGAACUGCAUAAGGAGCUUUUCACAGAUUUUGGUUCAGGAACUUUGAUACGUCGCGGUUAUCGUCUUUUUAAAUAUGAUUCAUUUGAUCAAAUGGAUUCAACCAAGCUAAAUCAAUUACUUCAAAGUGGUGAAUAUGGUUCUAAUAAUUUCAAUUCAUACGCUCAGCAACUUUCAAAUCAAUCUUAUUCUGUCUACACUGACGAACCAUAUGAAGUAUUAGCCAUCAUCACCAAUAAUGAUAAAUCUAAUCAAAAUUCAAUUCCAUCUCUUGAAAAAUUCAUUGCUACCAAAAAUGGUUUCCUAAAUAAUGUAAAUGAGAAUGUAUGGGCUAUGAUCCAAAAAGAUAAUCCUAAAUUAACUUGGGUUGUUGAUGAACAUGAUGAAAAUAAAACUUGGUAUUUCACUAAAGCUAAUGGUAGUUAUACAAAAGAUGGAAAAGUCUUAUUCUGGUAUGGCAUUGAUGAUGUAGGUGUUGUUUCCAAAGUUAUUAACAACUUCAUUGCUACAAAUUCAAGUACAAAUGAUGUCAGUUCAUUUGGAAAAGCUUUCACUAACAACAAUGCUGCUAAACGGUCAUACUCUACAUUUGCUGGAAACAGAAAAAAUUUAUUUUCAAAACUCAAUUUUCAUCCAAACCAUAGACAAUAUUCUACUUCUAAAAAUCCUGCAAAAGUUGCUCUGAUAGGUGCUCGUGGCUAUACUGGUCAAAAUCUCAUUUCUUUAUUAAAUACUCAUCCUCACUUAUCACUUUCACAUGUAUCUUCUCGAGAACUUGAGGGCCAAAAAUUGGAUGGAUAUACAAAAGAAGAUAUAACAUAUGUAAAUUUAAAAACAGAUCAAAUUAAAGAAAUGCAAAAGAAUGGCGAAGUAGACUGCUGGGUUAUGGCUUUGCCAAAUGGUGUUUGUGCUCCAUUUGUACAAGCUGUUAAUGAAGAUCAAGUAAACAAAAGUUUGAUUGUUGACCUUAGUGCUGAUUAUCGUUUUACUGAUGAAUGGACAUAUGGUUUACCUGAACUUAAAAAUCGUCGUGAUGCAAUUAAAAAGGCUACAAGGAUUUCAAAUCCUGGUUGCUAUGCAACAGGGUCACAACUUUCAAUUGCACCAUUAAUCCCAUAUAUUUCUGAAAAUCCUACUGUAUUUGGUGUUUCUGGUUAUUCAGGAGCUGGCACAAAACCAUCCCCCAAAAAUGAUCCAUCUUUUCUUAAAGAUAAUUUAAUUCCAUAUACUUUAACUGAUCAUAUCCAUGAACGAGAAAUCUCUUAUCAUUUGGGAAGAAGUGUCAAUUUCAUUCCACAUGUUGGAUCAUUCUUUCAGGGUAUUGCUUUAACUGUCAACAUUCCUUUAACUAAGACUUUCAAAUCUUCUGAAAUCAAAGAAUUAUAUGAAAAACAAUAUUCAGGAGAAAGUUUAAUUAAGGUGGUUGAUGAUGUACCACUUGUUAGAGAUAAUGCUGAAAAACAUUUUGUAAGAAUAGGUGGUUUUGGAGUACAUUCAUCUGGCAAAAGAGUUGUUGUAGUUGCUACUAUAGAUAAUCUAUUAAAAGGAGCUGCAACACAAGCUUUACAGAAUAUAAAUUUGGCACUUGGCUAUAAUGAAUUUGAAGGAAUUCCUUUAGAAUAA